CUUUUACAACUGAAGGACAGACAAUGUCAGAAUACACUUCAUCUACAACAGAGAUAUCCUCAUCUAGUGUAGAACAAACAACAAGCCAGCAGACACCAACCACUCAAUAUACUUCUAAUCCUGAAAUAGAAUCUACAACAACAGCUCCAUCAACAUUUACAACAGCUGCAUCUUCUAUGACUACAACCACAGUAGAUUCUUCUACAAGUGAAAGUGAUUCGACAAUUGGAACAACUUCAUACACAACAGAAUCUACGCCAUCUUCACCAUCGUCUACAACAAUCAGACAAACAACAGCAGAAUUCUCUUCAUCUACAACAGCAAUAUCUCCAUCCACUGCAGCACAAACAACAAGCCAGCAGACACCAACAACUCAAUAUACUUCUAAUCCUGAAAUAGAAUCUACAACAACAGCUCCAUCAAUAUUUACAACAGCUGCAUAUUCUAUGACUACAACCACAGUAGAUUCUUCUACAAGUGAAAGUGAUUCGACAAUUGGAGCAACUUCAUACACAACAGAAUCUACUCCAUCUUCACCAUCAUCUUCAACAAUCGGACCAACAACAGCCGAAUUCACUUCAUCUACAUCAGCAAUAUCUCCAUCCACUAUAGUGCAUACAACAAGCCAGGAGACACAAACAAAUCAAUAUACUUCUGCCACUGAAAUAGAAUCUGCAGCAACAGCUCCAUCAACAUUUACAACAGCUUUGUCCCCUGUGAGCACAACCACAAUAGAAUCAUCUACAAGUGAAAGUGAUUCAACACUUGGAACAACAUCAUUCCUAACAGAUUCUACUCCUUCUUCUACAACUGAAGGACAGACAACGUUAGAAUACAUUUCAUCUACAACAGAGAUAUCCUCAUCUAGUGUAGAACAAACAACAAGCCAGCAGACAACAACCACUCAAUAUACUUCUAAUCCUGAAAUAGAAUCUACAACAACAGCUCCAUCAACAUUUACAACAACUGCAUCUUCUAUGACUACAACCACAGUAGAUUCUUCUACAAGUGAAAGUGAUACGACAAUUGGAACAACUUCAUACACAACAGAAUCUAUGCCAUCUUCACCAUCGUCUACAAUAAUCAGACAAACAACAGCAGAAUUCACUUCAUCUACAACAGCAAUAUCUCCAUCCACUGCAGCACAAACAACAAGCCAGGAGACAGAACCUACUCAAAAUACUUCUACCACCGAAACAGAAUCUACAUCUUCAGCUCUAUCAACAUUUACAACAGCUGUAUCUUCUAUGAGCACAACCACAAUUGAAUCAUCUACAAGUGAAAGUGAUUCAACAAUGGGAACAUCAUCAUUCUCAACAGAUUCUACUCCAUCUUCUACAACUGAAGGACAGACAACGUCAGAAAACACUUCAUCUACAACAGAGACUUCCUCAUCUAGUGUAGAACAAACAACAAGCCAGCAGACACCAACCACUCAAUAUACUUCUAAUCCUGAAAUAGAAUCUACAACAACAGCAGAAUUCACUUCAUCUACAUCAGCAAUAUCUCCAUCCACUACAGUGCAAACAACAAGCCAGGAGACACAAACAAAUCAAUAUACUUCUGCCACUGAAAUAGAAUCUACAGCAACAGCUCCAUCAACAUUUACAACAGCUUUGUCCCCUGCUAGCAAAACCACAAUAGAAUCAUCUACAAGUGAAAGUGAUUCAACACUUGGAACGACAUCAUUCCUAACAGAUUCUACUCCAUAUUCUACAACUGAAGGACAGACAAUGUCAGAAUACACUUCAUCUACAACAGAGACAUCCUCAUCUAGUGUAGAACAAACAACAAGCCAGCAGACACCAACCACUCAAUUUACUUCUAAUCCUGAAAUAGAACCUACAACAACAACUCCAUCAACAUUUACAACAACUGCAUCUUCUAUGACUACAACCACAGUAGAUUCUUCUACAAGUGAAAGUGAUUUGACAAUUGGAACAACUUCAUACACAACAGAAUCUAUGCCAUCUUCACCAUCGUCUACAACAAUCAGACAAACAACAGCAGAAUUCACUUCAUCUACAUCAGCAAUAUCUCCAUCCACUGCAGCACAAACAACAAGCCAGCAGACACCAACAACUCAAUAUACUUCUAAUCCUGAAAUAGAAUCUACAACAACAGCUCCAUUAACAUUUACAACAGCUGCAUCUUCUAUGACUACAACCACAAUAGAAUCAUCUACAAGUGAAAGUGAUUCAACACUUGGAACGACAUCAUUCCCAACAGAUUCUACUCCAUCUUCUACAACUGAACGACAGACAACAUCAGAAUUCACUUCAUCUACAACAGAGACUUCCUCAUCUAGUGUAGAACAAACAACAAGCCAGCAUAUAGAAACCACUCAAUAUACUUCUACUACUGAAUCUGAAUCUACAACUUUUUCUCCAUCAACAUCGUCUACAACAGCUGUAUCUCUUAUGAGCACAUCCACAAUAAAGUUGUCUACAAGUGAAAGUGGAGCAACAGCGGAAUCUACAUUAUCCACAACAGGUACUUCUCCAUCUUCACCAUCGUCCACAACAAAAGGACAAAGUACAUCAGAAUUCACUCCAUCUACAACAGAGAUAUCCUCAUCUAGUGUAGAACAAACAAUGACCCAGCAAAAACCAACUACUCAAUAUACUUCUAACACAGAAUCAGGAUCUACAGCAACAGCUCCAACAACAUUUACAACAGAUGUGUCCCAUAAGAGCACAGCCACUGUAGAGUCAUCUACAAGAGAAAGUGAUUCAACAUUGGAAUUAACAUCAUCCACAACAGAUACUACUCCAUCUUCACCAUCGUCUACAAUGGUUCAAUCUCUAUUUACAAAAUCAUCUUCUACCACAGAAGGUCAGAUUGUUUCAUCAUUUACCUCAUCAAUCCCAUCUUCAAGUCCUGCUGAACAAACAAGUCAGCAGACACAAUCAACUAGUUCAAUUUCAAGCACAGAAAUACAUUCAACACAGUCAAUUAAUUCAACAUUUGCACCACUUGAAACCACUGGAUCAAUAUCUCCAGGCUCGUCUGCUUCACCCAAUCCAAUCUCACAUCAAACAAUAACUCAAACUGUUACAGCCCAAACAUUAAGCAAUUUUACUUCAGCUCAGUCAAGCCCUUCUUCUCAAACUAGUACCCAGAAAACCUCAUCAACAUCAACAGAACCUCAUUCAUCCAUAACAACUGUCAACUCAGUUUCAACAACUCCAAACUGUCUGGAGUAUUGUCAGUGCAACGGGUCCCCAUGCAUCUUCAAUGUCACAUCUCGGAAAUGUCAGUGUAAAUGCAAAGAUUUCACUUUUGGAGAUACUUGCAAUUUUGCAAAUGACACUACGGUUACUUUGUCUGACAGCAUACCAACAAGGAAUGCAAAUAUCUCUCUCAGAAUUAUGAUGGAAUAUCUUAAAGCGUAUGAAAAUGUGAACUCUCCAGAAUCAAAAAAACUCAUUUCCAUCUUAAAACGUGAGCUUUCAAUCCUUUGUAAAAGAGCAGAUGCAAAAAAUUUCAAGGAUGUGCAAAUACGUAGUCUAAGACAAGGAAGUGUCAUUGCUGAAAGUAUUGCAUUGUAUAACUAUCCCAACAACAACUCACAAAUAAUGUUUCUAAAUAACGAUUUGGGUCCCACCCUGGAAAAAAUCUUUAAUGACUCAGAUUCGUUAAAAAGUCUCAGCAUAGCUCUCGGCAAUGCUUCCAUCCAAAAUGCCCAAAUUAUCAUGGGGACAGUAGAAAUAUCAAAUAUUUCAGAUCUACAUCAGUUUGUGCAAUGCACUGUGAAUUUUACAAGCUUAACUGUAGAGCUUGAUGAUGGAGCAUGGGUAUGUGUGGGACCAUGCCAAAAAAAUCCCAACUUCUGCAAUCAACAAGGUGCAUGCCAAAAUGAAAUAAAUGGACCACACUGCAAGUGUCACAGUUCUUACUUUGAGAAGUACUAUGGAGCUCAGUGUGAGCUUUACAGCAGAGGAGCCGGUUUCUACGCUGUUCUCUUCGGCUGUUUAGUAGCUUUUGCUCUACUUAUCAUCGUUUCAGCCGUGAUGAUUGUGGUGUUCUACAGAGCCAAGAGAACAUCAAGCAAAAAAUUUGAAUUAUUUGAAGAUGACUUCUUUGAUUUUACAUCAAGAGGAGGUUAUGGGCAUCAAAACUUUUCAGUCACAGAAGAUUCGGAAUUUGGGUCUUUCAGGUCACUCCAUGAAAAUACACAUAUACAAUAAACACCACAGCAACUGAAGUGACUGAUGAACAGAGAUGACAGAUAUUAUUUUUAAAAGACGUCAGACACUAUAAUCUCAGGAAGCCAACAAAACAGGC